GCGCGUGCGGGAGGCCUGGGGAGGGGCCGGCACGGCCCGGGGUUGGGGGGGGAAGCAAAAUGAGCCUGCUGUCGGCCAUCGACACGAGUGCCGCCUCGGUGUACCAGCCGGCCCAGCUGCUCAACUGGGUCUACCUGUCGCUGCAGGACACGCACCAAGCUAGUGCCUUCGAUGCCUUCCGGCCUGAGCCUCCGGCCGGUGGCGCCGCGCCCCCGGAGCUGGCCUUCGGCAAGGGCCGCCCCGAGCAGCUGGGCUCGCCCCUGCACUCCAGCUAUCUCAACAGCGUCUUCCAGCUGCAGCGCGGAGAGGCGCUGAGCAGCGGCGUGUACAAGAGCGCCUCGCCCUACGGCUCCCUCAACAACAUCGCCGACGGCCUCAGCUCCCUCACUGAGCACUUCUCAGAGCUGACGCUCGCCUCCGAGGCCAGGAAGCCCGGCAAGCGGCCCCCGCCCAACUACCUGUGCCACUUGUGCUUCAACAAGGGGCAUUACAUCAAGGACUGCCCCCAGGCACGCCCCAAAGGUGAAGGUCUGACCCCGUACCAGGGCAAGAAACGCUGCUUCGGCGAGUACAAGUGUCCCAAGUGCAAGAGGAAAUGGAUGAGCGGGAACUCCUGGGCCAACAUGGGCCAGGAGUGCAUCAAGUGCCACAUCAACGUGUACCCGCACAAGCAGAGACCCCUGGAGAAGCCCGAUGGCUUGGACGUGUCUGACCAGAGCAAGGAGCACCCGCAGCACCUGUGCGAGAAAUGCAAAGUCCUGGGCUACUACUGUCGCCGCGUACAGUGACCACCACUGCCCUACAGCUCCCUGCUGCCGCCCCGUGCCACCCGAGGGACAACCUCACAGGCCUGUGGGCCUAGGCGGGUGGGGAGUUGGGGGGCUCCUGGGGCCCUCGUCUCGUGUACUGACAGCGUGGCUGGCGUGACUCUCAGGCUGCAGAGCGGGAGCUGGGGGCUCUCCAGAGUGUGCCUGGGCUCCCCGGAAGGACAGAAGCUGGUGGAGGCCUUCCUGUGCCCACGGGCUCUCCUCCCCAGAGUCCCCUUGGGGGUGUACAGCUUCGUAUUGGCCACACGUGCACUAAGGGAACUGUGAAUCCUGAGGCCUGCGGGGGGGGGCCACCUCCCCAACACCAGCAAGGCCCUCUCCCCUCCAGGCCCUUCCAGCUUGUCCUGUGCGAAAAGUCCCCAGUCCACAGCUGUGGUGGGCACAGGCCUGUGGUAGCAGCUGCUGGGAGGUGGGCCUCUGUCCCUAGCCACACGGAGCCCCAGAUCCUCAUCCGCCCUUGUUACUGCCUCGCACCUGGGAAUUUCACUACAUCUGCCCCCCCCAACACCCCCCCAAGGGAAUGUCCAGUGGAGGGCGGGGCAGGAGGUAUUGGACAUGGUGCUCCAAGAUGUGUCCUGGGGACACUGGACAGCACCGACUCCCAUCAGGCAUUGUCCCGCAGGCUUGGGUUUGGUCAGCCCCAAUCCUGUCCCUUCCCUCUGGCCUCUCCCCCCCCCCACGCUGCAGCCUCUGGCACUGAAGUCACUGUGGCAGGAAGGAGCCAGACCCACUAUUCUAGAGACACCCUGUGUCACCUAGUAUAAGGACCUCUCAUCUCCAGCCUCAGUUUCCCCGUAGGUCAGGAACAGAGGGGCACAGGAGAGCAAGAGGCCCCGUGAGUUCUGAUGUAUAGGAGCAGGCCAGCCACUCCCUCUCCUGGAACCUAGAGGUAGAGGAGGGGGAGGGAGAGACCCCCCGACAUUUAGCUGCGCUGUCCCCCACACCGUCCCGACUGGUCUCUUAGGAAGUCAGGCUGAGCAAUAAGUCCUUCCCUGCAGCCUGUCUUGUCUGAUGUUCUCAUCCCCUGCGGAAGUGGAGCCAGGGACCCCCCUCCACCUCGCCUCCUCACCUGGGUCUCCAUCAGGCCCCUGACACCCUGCAAGCCCAAGAGGGCCACAGAAUCUCUCAUGUGGAAAACAGAGACUGAUUUUCUACGUGCCGAGGGAGCAGAGGCCUCUUGGCGCAUCACGUGGCCAGGGGGACGUGUUGUCCUGGCCGGCCCCCAGCCAGCCCUGCUUGCCUUACCUCCUCUUCUCCCCGGGGAGGGAGAGAACCAGCUGCCAGGACUGGGUCUCUUGACCCUGCCCCAACACUAUGCCUCUGUGGAAAAAAAGAAAAGAAAAAGAAAAGAAUCAGGCCAUGAAAUGGGCCUGAAACUUAGUGUUUACCAUGGCUCGAGGGCACCCACGCAGUGUCCCCUUGCCUCCUGUGUUUAAUGAAAACGCCUUGUAAAUUUGAGGAGUUACAGUGAAGUGUUAACCAAGGGUCCAGGGAGUGGGUAGAAAGAGAUAGGGCGCGCCUGGAGCCCGCAGGCUGCAGGAUAGAUUUGGGGGGUGUGGGUGGGGCAUACCUUCUGAGCACUUAAUAAGUGUGUGCUGGCAGCGGCCCUGACCACUGGGCACCACCCUGCUGUCCACCAGGGGCGCCGUGCAGACGGUCAACGCCCAGCCACCUCUGAGGACCGCUGCUCGAGGACACCUCAGCCCAGUUGCUGCAAUGGGAUGAGCUGGGUGGCUGGUGGCCAUGUCUUCCGCACCCCAGGUAGUAGCUUUUUGUUAGUCACCCUGCUGGGCCUCUGAAGAGACCAGUGUGCUUGUCUCCGCUGCAAAGAGAAACUGGGUGUGAGGACCCCGGGACAAGGAAUACAAAGACGACUCCAAGUGGCUGGGGCCAGCAGGAGGUGGGACGUGACCCCAAGGUGUCCUUUUCUGUGGGCUGGCCACCCUUGCUCUGCCAUUUGCCCGAGGCUGCCUUCCAGCCCUAACUCGCACCUUGUAAUGUCCAAGCUGGAUUUGGGAGCUGUGGCCAGCCACAAGAUGGCACUGACCAGGCCAGGUGCUGUGAGAACAAAACGCUCAGAGGACCUGGGAGCCCAGGGGACAAGAAAGUUGUAGUAUGUUCAAAAGGGACAAUCGUUUGGAGUCAGUAGAUCGAGCGAUCUAGUUGAGAGAGAAUGGUGUUUACCCCAUAUGAAGUAUUCAAUAGCUCUACUUGUGAAUUUGUAUUUAUUUUGAGUUAUACUUGACACAGAAUUCCUUUAAAAAAAAAACCACAAAAAUACUAUGUGUGUAUUUUGAAAAAAAAAAUUUUCAUAGAUGUUAAAAUUUCUGCAUGGUUACCAGUUUUUCUAAUGACACUGAAUUUGGUAGCUUCCCCACCCCCCCCCAAAAAAAAGUCUUCACAGUGAUUUUUGUCUGUAUAUAUUUGGAGAUCUUUUAUAAAAAAAAAAAAAGGAAAGAAAGAAAAAUAGGAUUGCUUAAUGCUUUCGAGAUUAAAAAAAAACAACAACAAAAAGAGGUAUUUUCAAAACAUCAGCACUUUUAGAAGGGCAAUCCAAUAUCAAACAGAUUUCUGGAAGUAUUUUGCAAACCUUCUGGUUGAGCUGCAAGAAAAUAUUUAUGGUGAGAACUUUUUUUUCUUUUUUCCUGUUAGUUUUUAUUUUUUAACUCUGCUUUGGUCUGUAAAAAGUAUGCAAACUGAACGACAUUAAGAAGAAAAUAUUGUCUACAUAGAAUUAUUAUAUGAAGUUGGUACAUUAUUCUGAUGAGAAGAAAAAAUCUUCACAAUUCUUUAAGCCAUGUUGUUAUUCUCUGUUGUUUCCUUUGGAUGAAAAUAUCAGUAUUAAGUAGCCAGCGUAUUAUCCAAGUGCUUAGGCUUAUUAAUAUGCUCUUGACCUGUAUUUAUACAUAUGUGUAUUUUAAGGGGAGCUAUUAAUAGAAACAUAGUGAAAAAGGGAACCAUGAACCGUUGUGCUUCUGCCACUGAGGACGGCAAACGACUUCAUAAUCUGUUCUCCUGCAACUUCUUCUUAUCCUGUUAUUAAGGUUUUAUUAAUUUCAUGGUUGGGGGGGCAGAGAUUGGUCAAGGCGAAGAGGAAGUGACUGACUGAUGAGGCAGCCCUCUGCGGUCUUGCCAGUCCGUUGACCAAGUCAGCAAGACCUAGGCAGGGAUGGGGAAGCAGGAGGCAGGCUUCCCUGUGGCUCUUCCUCCUCUUCCUCCUGACAGUUUCUUCAUCUGAGCCAUGCCUCAGGGCCCCACUUUGAUCCUGAGUCUGUCCACCAGAGUCCUUACACCUGCCGUCCCACAUCUAACGGGCUUGAGCCUAGUCUAACCAAGCAUCUAACCCAACCUCACCACGUGGUAGCCAGUGUACCAACUAACACCAAGUGAGGGGUGUGGCGGUGUCUAGGGAGGUGCCAGUGGUGACCCCGUCCGCGUCUGCAUCUGUCCAUGUGUGUGUGUCUAGCUAAGAAGACAAACAGAGCCCGCGGGCCCUGCCCAGGGGGUAAGUGGAGAAGGCUUCCAACUUCCCCAGAGGGUGGGCCUCGGGUGGCAUUCCAUUGUGUGCCUUAUUCCUGGAGACUCUGUAUACGGCUUGCCUAUGGAAAUAUAGCCUUCCCACUGCUGUAUUAAAAGAGCUUUGCAAAGCAA